UAUGAACGAGUGACAAUGCGACACUGCCCGGGGGCUCUCAUUGUCUGGAGAACUCCCCGUCGACAGGUGGGGGAAGUCCACUCUGGACGUGGAUAAGUAGAGCACAGUCCUGAGGGGCGAGCUCACUGCCGGGCGCGCUGCAGCCACACUAUGAAGCUGUGUCCCCGACUGCGUCUGGUGGUGCUCCUGGCGCUUGCCGUGCUGGCGCUCCCCGCGGAGGCCUUCAUCCUGCCCAUCAUCUUGCCGCCCAACCUGCUGUGGUACGGCGGCUACUCCAGCUCCCCCGUGCUGCCGCUGCCCGUCCCGCGCCCGCAGCAGAUUCCCCCCGUCGCCAACUACCUCGGCUACCCGCCGCUGCUGGGCCUCGGCGGCGGCCUCGGUGGCGGCCUCGGUGGAGUGGGUGGCAUUCCCGGAGGCAUCCCGGGACUGGGACGCCCGGGCGUCGGCUGACUUCGCGACAAAUAUGUCGCAGGCACAAUGCAAAAGGCAACCAAGGAUUUUAAGUGUGCAUCACAAUUUAUUCUUAUAUCUGACAGUAAGUGCAAAAAUAAUUCAAAAGACUUUAAGUGACUAGAUAUGCUAUGUUUCAAUAGAUAUGUUUGAGAGAACACUUUAAAUUACUUGACCAAGUCAAUUUUUAAAAAAUUAAAAUGAUACAAUGU